UAUCAAAGUCUGUAGAGUAAUGAGGUCUCGUAAUAGAGGGGUUUUGGCAGCUCUUGGAAUAACAAUGAAAAAUAAAAAUGACAGAUAGGUGUCCGAAGCUCCUACACGAUGUUGUGUAGUUGUAUGUGUACGGUUGUUUUGGAGGCUGCUUCAGCUGCUCGUGUAAACAUGAUUUUGUUUCAAGACAUCCUACGGUUAAUUGUUGUAGAUUUUAUUUUAAAACGAAAUCUUUUAAUAGUGUGAUUAUCGUGUAAUACAAUGCGCAAUGGAAAUUUAUGGAAUAGUGCAUAUAUUCCCCACAUUUUAACGUUGCAACGACUGUCGCCAAAACUACGAGCGCUGAAAUUUGCUCAGUAAACAAUUCACCAAUACAUAGCCAAGGACGUCUAACUGUCAAAAUGAAAAUCCAAGAUGGCAAUGUCAACAAAGCCUAAUCCGCGACCUCAUUACUCUACAGACUUUGCCCCAUAUCCUUACCUCCAAAUGUCACAACAUUGCUUCUGAGCUCCGUCAAUUGGAAAAGUCAAUAGGAGGCGUUUACGUAUCGCAAGAAAAAUCGGAAAAACCUUCGAAUAUCGUACUGGGUAAUGUUAAUUACGAGUAACUUGCGACAAUCUUUUGGUACGUGAAUCCCGUCCAAGUGUGUAAAACUUUACCUUGAUUUGUGUACCUACAUCUGUUAAUCGGAAAUCCUGUGUAGCGCAAUACAGAAGUUUAAUCGAAACAAAGGAAAAUUGGUAAUGGCGUAUUGAAAGAGCUUGUGGUGCUGUUGUAUGCCGUUGUUGUUGGACUGUAUCUGCCAAUCUAGUUUAAUUAUGCAGUGUAUCGGUGUGCUGCAAUGAACGCGCUGUGAUACACAAAGUAAAUUCGAAGUUGUGAGCACCACAAGGACAAUCAUGCCAUCCUUCCGACAGAAGGUUACAACUUACUUCCGUCAACUGAGUUUUGUGUCCGAACGAGACCAGCGCGGACCAGCGCAACAAUGCUCGUCCAUGGCGUCCGGGAGCUUCAUGACCAGAUAUUUAGAUGGUGAGUGGGAACCUCCCGAUACUAAGACACCUAUUUACAAUGGCAAAUUACCGGAGGACUUGCCAGAUGUACGUAUCGGGCGGUACGUUGUUCGUGGGACCGAAACUGAUGCGUCCUACACAGGACCAUUCGAAGGUCUAACGGGCGUAAGGCGUGCCAAGUCGCAUCUAACGGCAGGCAUUGAAGACGAUAUAGACUACAUUGACGUUCUGCAAGAGCAGGGUUCAACGUCGCAACAGGAACCAUCUACCAAACCGCCAGUACCUGGAUUGGACGCAAAUUCAAACACAAAAUCACUUACGUCGAAUGCUAAUGUGAAGCGUUCCGAAUCUCAUUCCACAACCAUGAAACAAACGAGUGCGGACAAACAACAUCUGGAAAUCAAAAAAGUCAAUGAUGAUCCUAUUGCUAACAUCACUGACUGGAACCGUCCAAACGAGGAUGCGUAUGGUAUAUCCGUCUCUUUGUACGAGAAGCAUCUGCAUACGUCGGGUAAUGUUGGGGAUCCGAUUGCAGACUGCUUUGGCAUUAUAUCCCGAGCCGACUCAUGUAUAAUGGCCAUGGCAGAUGGUGUCAACUGGGGUGAAGGAGCCCGUAUUGCCGCAAGAUCUGCUAUUCAGGGUGCGAUUGAAUAUUUAAAUUCUGCCGUAUUCGGUAUACAUCAAGUGUCAUCAACCAGAGAAAUAUUUGUCAGCCUCAUUCGCAGCUUUUGGGAAGCGCACAACUACAUACUUCAAGUGGGAGGUGCUUUGAGUACGUUAACUGUCGCCAUUAUUUUACCCGUUGAAUCAUCUGAGCAAAGUGUAGUAUGCUGUUGCAAUGUAGGAGACUCGCUUGGAUAUAUAUUUUCAAAAAACAACAUCGUGCGGGAAAUAACAAUGGGAUCACAUGAUGUUAGUCUUAUGCGAGAUAUGCGAGAUGCGUUAGGUGCAUUGGGUCCUGUAUAUGGCGAUAAACCGGAAAUGAGCAAUCUCACACUGUCCAUGUCCUACGUUGACGAAGGAGACAUCGUGUUCCUCACGUCGGAUGGAAUCAGUGAUAAUUUUGAUCCAGUAGUUGGAAAAUUUGCUGAAGCCGUAGGUGGUAAACCUGGUGCCGGAAACAAUGCAGCCGGAAGUGUGACCAGCGCCAACAAACCAUCAUCACAUCACCUUAAUGAGCGCAAAAGUAAGACGGGAUUAGCUCCAAAGAGGCAGAACAAAAGUGCUCCCAUGCUUACACUAGCGCAAAGCAAUGGUGCAAUUGAUCCGCAAUAUGCAAGCACAAAUCAUGCUGGUAGUUCGCGUGCUGAGCGAAAAAUGCCAGUCCCUGUAAGAAAACCACCGUCGACGCAACUCGCUGGAGCUCAGGAAAAAAGCUACAGUUCAAAGUAUGUAACACGGUCGAAAACAUUUAUCGAACCGGCAGCCGCUGUAAGGCGAUCGAAUAAUCUCGUUGCAAAGACAUCCUCUCCGAUAAUGCUGCCGCAAGUAACAGCACAACAGAGACACGUACUAACUCUUUUACGAAUAGCUGAUUUGUUGGUUUACGGCAUUAACGGUUCACUACGACCAUGUACGAAUGCGAAGCAAUUGUGUCAGCUGUUGAUCGAUUUUGUAUCGUGUAUUACGGCGGCCAAACGCAAGCUACUGGAGCAACGCGAGCUAUACUAUAAAAUAGUAUCCGAUCCAGACGGAAGUCGUAGGGAAGUUGCGCACAGUGCACACGAACACAAAGUGAUACGAAAGCGUAUGGUUGAUGGAACCACGUUCUCGUUGCUGCCCGGUAAACUGGAUCAUGCCUCGAUCGUCGCAUACACCGUACACAGAUGUAAAUCGCAAUCUACGGCCGAACAUAUUAUAUAAUGAUAACCUUUGAACUGCCCAUUUUUCGCACGAUUGAAUAUUUUUGUAUACCUACGGUUGUAAAUGCCCGUAAGUAACGUUCAGUAACGCACGUUUGCAAUGCGUAAAGUGCGAAACAAAAGUAUUAUUUAUGACUCAGCUUCAGCUAUUGUAUUGUGAACGUUAGGCUGUGGUUCAGGCCACCGGUCCAUGCCGGAACCAUGCUUUUCCCGUACCAGUGAAUUGCAGAUUUCGCGUAUUAACCACUUUGAAAUUUAAUUAUUUUAUACGUAACGGGGAAUGCUUUUACCCGUCACAUUUUGCCCUUCGCUAACGAUUUUGCGCCUAUAGUAUAAAAAUAUUGCUGGCACAAAUGAACUUUAUUCGCCUUUUUUAAUCAGGUUUUCGUACAAGGUACUACAGCAAUAAGGGUAAGAAAAGUUCGUAUAAAGAGUCGUCUGCCGAGUAAUAGCUGUGGAAUGAA